AUGCACUCGCUGGCCCGCCGGUCGAUCAAGGUGGUGGCCAUCAUCGCGGCGCUGAGCCUUUCGCUGUGGCUGCUGGUGGAGUUUGGCAAGGUCGACACCCCGCAGUAUCUGAGCUAUGUCGUUGACAGCGCCACCACCCGCCAAUCCAAGGCCUCGACCGAGCAUCGCCGGUAUCCGCCAGGCUCCUGGGACAGCGCCAUUCCAUGGACCGGGACCCAAACCGGCGGCCAUGUGGCUCGACCGGUGUACACCCACCCCAGCUACACCGGGGGCAACUCGGUGAAGGAUGGCGGGCCACCCACCGGCGGACAUGUGCCAGUAGCCUCAUCGCAACAGCAGCACCAGCAGCAGCAGCACCAGCAGCAGCAGCAGCAGCAGUCUUACUAUUCGGGCCCGGCGUCAGGUGGUGCGGCUGCCUCGGAGUCGGUCCACAGCCGUCCGGAGGAGGUCGGCUCGAAUCCCGACACCAUCGAGGACAUCCUGGCCCGCUAUCCCAACCUAAUUGAGGAGCUCGGUGUAUGGCUGCGCACCCACCCGGGGGGCGUUCGGGUGUUUCCCCAGGAGUCUUGCGGGUCCCCCAGCCCCCUGGAGCGCCAUCCGCUGCGUCCAUGGAUCCUCGACCGCGGGGCGCAGCAGGGGCCAGGGUGA